AUGAUGAGGUUCAAUCAAAAUGUAGUCGUCAGCAAUGUUUUGAUUGUCCUGUUGGAUGCUGCAAGGCAAGACAAAUUCGGAGGUUUUAAAGUCAAUCCAGACUCAAUUAAACAAGUUUUAGUACCCACAGGUGGCUCGGAAAGCACACAAAAGGUAAAUUUUACAAAGAUAUUGUUCAAUGGUUACACUUAUUCUUCCGAAGAUGGACUGUUUAUAAUUGUAUUCCGUAUCUAUUUAAUUAAACAACUUAUUCUGUGACUGAUACACUUCCAAGUUUUUGUUUUAUCGUUGUUGUUUUAUUUAAUUAAACAAAAUCUUACUUUUAAAAUUAUUCUAGAGAGAGUUGCACCUUACUCUUCCUUCGUACCAAGCCAAUUAGAGUUAACGUUUUUCGGUCAUGAACCUAAGCUAUGUAGUGAGAGCAGUGUAUCGACCAGGAUCAGUGUAAAUGUUUUUUGAAGGUUAUUUCAUCAAGCUUUGUAAAAUGAAUCAUUUUAGGUCCUGAGGAAUUUAACUGCCCAUCUAACAACAUCUUGUUAGCCGUAAUUGGGGUUCUUGUCUUCACAGUCCUUCUUCUAAUUAUUUACAUAAUCUGGCUACAUAAGAAAGGUAGGUAAAAAAUUAUAAUCUAUGUUAGAGGGUUUGGCUGCAAGAUUCUUUUUUACGCAAAGGCAAGUUUUACCCACGUUUACAUCAUUUGUAUUUUUUCCUUUCGUUCUUUUUCAGGCGCUGUAGGGAAACAGAGGUAAGAAUUUGCUGCUAGUUGGAUUGUGUCGAUGUAAUGUGCCCGAUAUGGUUCAUCUUAACACAAAACUCCAAUAAAAACUGAUGAAAUUCUUGGCGUUUUAUAAUUAUUUCUAUGCUUUCUCAACUUUAGGACUUAUGAAGAUGAGAGACGUGUUUGCGACGUAAGUUACAGCUAAGACAUUGAGGUCAUGUUAGUGUGACCAGAAAUUAUGUAAUCUUACUUUACCUCUACUUUCUUUGAGAAAAUAAACGCUUGCAGCAAAUAAGAAGGAAAAAAUUUGUAGUUCUACAUAAAAAAAGCAUAUUGCAUCAGUGGCAGAUACAAUGAAAUAAAAGAGGAAAUUAGGCUCGAUAAGGUCUUUGUCCUGUGAUCAUGUCCUUUACCAAGCCACUCCAUGGAUUGUCCUUCGAUUGUCCCUGGUUCAACCGCUUGGUUUCACUUCAUAGAUCGCUAACUGGUAUGCACCCGGUUGAUAUUUGCUCUCUAAAUAAUAGAUUUCGCGCAUUUUGGCCAUCGUAUUUUCUUGAUGCCUUAUUCUCUAAACGUGAGUUUAGGAGCUGAGUACAGCAAGAAUCUUUUCGUGCAAUUUUUUCGUCAAAAUAUUAGACUAACAAUCGACAAUCUUCACGUUGCAGUUUGUAGCUUCGGCGAAUAUGCUAUGAGCCUCGAUUACUCUAUAGGGCAUGAUAGUUUCAAAAGCAGAGAACAAAAUGUUAGUAAUAAUAAGAGCAAGGGAUUAUAAACUAUUUAUAAUCUCUUGUCAUGGAAGAAUAUAAAAGUUUGUUUGAUGAAAAUGGAUAAACUGAUUUUUAUUACCAUGUGUGACUUUCUACUGGAAUUCAUAACAGAUUUGGGUAUGAAUCCCUUAACGGUAUGUUGAUUUAAUAGAAUGAAACAGGAUUAGCAGAUAUCGAACCAAGUCUGCCCGAUUCAAGAAAACACACUCAGCCUCCUGCAGAAUACAUGGAUCUUAUAGAAGUCAACAAAGAUAAUAGAAAAGCACAAAGUACCCCUCCAGGUGCUGAUUACAUGCCUCUUCAUACGUUAACACGCUGCUGGGAAGUUCCAAGACAUCAUGUCACCAUAGAAAAAAUCAUUGGUAAAGGUUCUUUUGGUCAGGUUGCCAAAGGAACAGCAGUAGGACUUCGAGGGAGUCCUAAAACGUACACAGUGGCUAUUAAGUUGCUUAAAAGUGAGCUCUUGUACUGUAAAUUGAAUGACAGUCUUGGCCUACAGGCAUUCAGGAAAUAUUACCGGGUUACUGUAGUUAUUUAGCUAUUUGCCAUUUCAUAAGUUAUGUUGUUAUUCCGACAUUUCGCAUAUUAUUUCCGUUAACCAAAUUUUACUCCUUGUUUUUAAUGCUCUAGCAAACGCUACUGAAUCGGACAAGAGAGAUCUGAUGAAAGAACUUGACACAAUGAAACAGCUAAAACCACAUCCUUACGUCAUUAAACUUCUGGGAUGUGUUACGGAAUCCGGUAUGCUUUGGUUGUGCGGUCUAAUUUUGCUGUACACAUUUUUCUUAUGAUUUACUCAUAUUCAUCCUCAUAUUAAAAAAUUCGUCUUUGGUCGCUAAACUGCUUCAUUACAGAAUCCUAUUUCGAUUAAAAUGUUAACAUGAGCGUUGUAUAAAGUAACUACGUAUUGCAGACAUAAAGUAGUCUGCCAUCUGGAAGAAAGAGAAAUACACACACCAUAUUAUGCUGCUAGAUAUUUCUAUUUUCCUCUCUGAACCAUUUCAUUUCAGUUUUUUUUCUUCUACAAUCGCUAAUUUUUGCUCUUACAUCAAUUCUUUCUUAGAUCAUUCACCGAGACCUUGCGGCCCGUAA